AUGCCAGUAGUUGUGCCGCUUUGCCAGCCAUUCUGUAUUGUUCAUACUCUCAAUCGAUUUCUGUUCCUCGCGGCGAAGGCACUGAGAUUUGAUUCGAAGGCCUCUUUCAUGAACGACGGAACCGAACGCAAUGUCGCAUCACAAGACGUGGCGAAGAAAAUGAAAGGGGAGAAUGAGCAGCUGCGGAGGGAGAAUCUUAUCCUCAAGGAGAAGAUUGCACAGCUGGAGGAGAAAAUCGAAAUGCAUACAAGACGAACCAGGAGUGAUUCUGCCGCAAGGUCGUACGACGGUUCCUCUAAUGAAUCCCAGAGAGAGAGGGCUAGAGCGGGCGACAAGUUGGGAACACCCCCGUCUGCUGUGGUACCAUCGUCCCUUGAACCUGCCGGGAUUUCUCUUCUGCCCGCGAGGCGCUUUCAGCCCACUUUUCGACACCUGCCCCUCCAGCUGCUGAUGACGUACUUGGUUAUGCAGCAAUUGCCGGAUCAAGUGCCGUCGACUCCUUCUAGUGCAUCCUAAGUAGUCCAAACGCCCCCUGCCGUGGUCGGGAGAUUGUUCUCCAACAAGUAACGAAUGGAGUACUUGUCGGCACUUCUGCGUUGGAGUUGCCGCUCGAUAAACUGAAUCGGCCAUUAGUUCUUUCUCCCUUCAGCCAACUCGUUCUAGAUGCCCCCGCUCAUCUAAGCAUAUUUGACAACCUACCCUCUUACUAUGCGACUGUACC